AUGAAGUUCACCGGAUUCACCUCUUCCCUCGCCCUCGCCGGCUUUGCUUACUCCGCCGCUCUCCCCACCCUUGCCGGCAUUGAAGGUACCGUCUCUGGUAUUGAGGGAACCGUUGUGAAUGGAGUAGUUGGACCCGUUCUGUCCACUACCGGACACCUGGCUGGUACUGCUAAGCGCGAGAACCUCGCUGCUCUUGGCUCCACUAUUGAGACUGUUCCCAGCCUCGCCAACGGUGCUGUUGCCAUCGCUGGCGGUGCUGCCGGGACUGCCGAGAGCAUUGCAUCUGGAGCUGCCGGCACGGUUGAGGGUGCCGUCUCUCCGCGUGGUGACUUGGCUGGCCUCGGCUCCACUGUCCAGGCUGUUCCCAGUGUCGCCAAUGGUGCCGUUGACAUCGCUGCCGGGGCUGUUGGUACUGGAGAGAGCAUUGCAUCAAACGCUGUAUACACUGCCGAGGGUCUCGCUACCCAUGCAGGCAGUCACUCCAAGCGUGAUAUCGAGAAUCUUGCAGGACCCAUUGUUGGAUCUACCGCUGCUAUUGUCGGAAGUGGUGUUCCCGCUGUUGUUCACGAGGUUGGAUCAACUGUGAAUGGUCAUGCGAAGCGUCAGGCAUCUGGUCCCGUCGACGCUGUUGGCCAGUCCGUCUCCGGUACCCUCGCCGCUUUGUCCUCGAACCCGAAUGGCCUCUUCGGUGCUCUGACUGAUCUCAAGCGCGCAGCCGACCUCGGCCAAAUCACCCAGGGCCAACUUGCUGAGAUUCCCCUUCUCUCCGCCAUCAUCGCUCUCCUUGACCUCUAG